AUGUGAACAGUCAUAGCUACGGCGCUUGCUGCUCCGAACCUUUCGGCUUUUAAUAAAUUUCAAUUUUGGACUAUAUUUUUUUUUUUUUUUUUUUUAUAUAAAUUCAAAUUUGUUGAGGAAAUUUUCGGUACCACUCAGAGAUUUUUGUUGCGAUUUUUGAAAUGCUGUCACUUACCAAGAGAUGUGGAGUGGGAAAAUCCAACAAUGUAGCUCGAUUGGCCUACUGCCAAUUGGCGAAUCAGUCAUUUCGUUAUUAUUCAGAUGAUAAGUGUGAAGAGAAGCCUCAAGAGUCGAAAUGUGGUUUGGUAUUGAAUGAAUACACAUGUGGACAGAAACCCACUGAGCCGUACGUUCCCAAGCCGGCAGCGAAACAGCCACCUUUAGUUUCAAUGUGGACGAUCAAGGACUGUGACCAGGAUCUCUCUUGCGCCAUGGAUCUGCGCUACGAUAUGAAAUACUAUUCCAUAUCCGACAAACUGAAGCGCAAGUAUCAGGUAACGUGGAACGAGUGUCCUCGCCUGCUGAUCAAGCCGAAGAAAGUUUGCCUCUAUGAGAAAAUGAAGCGCCCCAAAAUCGAGCGCCGUCCGCGUGGAGCCAUGACCGGUGGCACGCCCCAAAAGCCACCAGAAACCCUUGAUAAAGCCAAGAGUGCGUGUGUCUAUAUCAAGUCUGUGUGCUGCAAGACUGGUCGCAGGCCGCCCAAGUGCAAAGCGGCGUUUCCCUCCCUGGGCAAUUGCGAGAAGCGCAAGACGCCCUAUCCCAGCUAUUCCGAAUGCAUUAGGGAUCCGGCCAUACCCUUGCCCCCAGUGGAGUGUGGCUGCCUGAACAAAGUCUUCACCUGCGAUGCAUGGGCUGUACUGCGGCGGCGCGUCGCUCGAGGAUUGACACCGCAUAAGCUAUGCGGACAAGCUUAAGACUGACCCAACAAGAGAGAGAACGAGAUGGAGGAGCUGACUAGCACAGCUAUCACAUUGAAGCAAUUGGAGCUGCCGCUUAACACAUUAUCGAGACUGUACGGCCUUUGACGAGUAGAGAGGUGCGAAUAAUUUGAUAAUUGGCUGAGUUUUUGGUUAUGACUGCAGAGGAAAGUACAGAGUGAAAUAGCUUGAGAAGCGCAAUUAUUAUUAUUUUUUUAAUUUAAUUUAAAUUAUUUCUGAAUUACCGAAAAAAUAUAUAUAGAUAGUUAUAAGUACAACAACCGUAUUUAUUCAUAAUUAGUAAUAACGAGAAACCUUUUUUUCCCCCUCGUGACUAAUAGAGUAGGCUUCUUGAUUUUUAAAGUUCGAGCUGCUGUCAUUCGCAUUUUUUUUAUCUUUUUCGAAAAAAAAAAAAAACAAAAAUCUUUCAAAAUUUUCCCAAUAAAAAUGCUACAAAAUCAGGUAUUUCCUGCCGGUCGGCACAUUUUGUGGCUGGGCAUGCUGACUCGCCGGCUGUGCAGCAAAGAUGCCUCUUGUGGCAAAGAGACACCGAAGUGCGACUCGAAAGGCAGCGGCAAAUCGUCAUGUAAGCGCACGCCCAAGCCCAAGGACUGCAAGAAGAAGCGCGCUCCCUAUCCCAGUUUUUCCGAGUGCAAAAAGAACAAAAUUCCGCCAAAGUCGCCAAGCGAAUGCGACUGCCUGAAGCUCGAUAAAUAAUAUAUUGAAGAAUAUAAAAUAUAUACGAAUAAAUCAAAAACAAAGUUGCAAAAAUAUUGGGAGCAAUCGAUUUUUGAUAAAUGUAUGUUGAUGUCGAUAUUAAUGGAUAUCGAUGCAAUUUUAAAACAGAGUAACCUUAGCUUGCUUUGUCGUUUUGAAUCGGGUUUCAUUCAUUGAAAUAAAAAUUGACCGAGCCACACACUUUCACACUUCAUCAAAUUUCUAGAUAAAACGAGUAAUUCAAAUUUUUUCGUUGUCAAAAUUCAAAAAGCUAAAAUGCAAACGUUUAAGCAAUUGAAUGAAAUUUUGAAAUUAGGUAAGCGGAGCCUUCAUCUGGCUGCCAAUUCGACGCUUUUUGAUAAUAGCUGCUGGGAGCUACGGAAGCAGGCCCGCCAGUCGGAGACGACGGUCGAUUCGAGUCGCAACUGUAGAUACGAUCAGCAGUUUUAUCGCCCACGCUCGCUUAAUUCGGGCCUUAUCUCUGACACCUGGUUGGCACGCAGAGACAAUGAACUGGCCAAUGAUGUAGCAGACGAUGCGGGUAUCGAUACGGACAAUACGGAGUCAGAGUAUCGAUCGAAGCCGUCACUCGGAGAUCGUUUAGAUCUGAUCCACUACAAGCCGAUGCGCCUAAAGGAUCGCUGCUACAGUCGCACUUGGACGGACUUUGAGGACCUGAAAGUCAAGCAAUACAUACAGCCAUACGUUCCGCUUCGGCACACACCAGCGCGCAAGAAGUCCAAGCCCCUGAAGGAGUACCGACAGCCCAUAACAGCCCAAAAGCCGAAGCCCCAAUUCAAGAAAACCCCCACGAACGAAUGCUUCCGCUGCCAACGCGUCCCCAAGUCUACCACUGCCUAUUAUUUUUAGGGUUUCCGUAAUUGAUAUCAUGUCGACAGUAUAGUUGAGAUUAUUUUGGUUUCUUUCACUACAUUUUCUUUAUAGUUUAAAAUACAACAUUAAUAACAGA